AUGCACACCAUCGUUCCCCCCGCGAGCUUACCGCCCCCAGGGGGUUCUGCCGGUCCUCCGUCAGACGCCAUUGCCGGCCCUGUCUCUUCUUCCGCUUCCUCGUCGGGCCCUGUUUCUUCAUCUGCGCCAACCCAUUCCUGUCCUGGGCCUUUUCCUGAGACACCUGUCCAUUCUGAAUCUCCGCAGUUUCUUGCGACUUCCUCUCCUUUGUCUUCAUCUGCUUCCGCCUCCGCUUCUUCCGCUUCUUCUUCUUCCUCUUCGUCCUCUUCUAGCUCUCCUUCCCCGUCUUCUACCUCUUCCUCUGCUUCUUCCUCCGCUUCUUCUUCUUCUUCUUCCUCUUCUUCUUCUUCCUCUUGUUCCUCUUCUGCCCUGUCGUUUUCAGGACGUUUGCGGGACCGGGCGGCGUCGCUUCUAACUCAGGGCGCCUUCCAGAAGGUUUUUCCGAUUAAACGGCCGGAGAGUUCGACGGUCGUGUCAGACGGCGAGUUUCUCUUUGCGGCGAACAAGGCAGAAGAUCGACAGCUCCGAAAAGACAGUUUCGACGCCCAUGCUAAGGGCCCGCAGGAGAUGUCGUUCGUGGACGACAUUUGGCAGUAUGUCCUCGGCAUCGAGGAAAGAAAGACGUCGCUGGGAUAUGACUACCUCGUCAAACUCCUCAUUAUCGAUGCUCUUCUCGGCCGAUCUUCUCUUUUGCCUUUCUCAUUCGUGGCAGGCGACACCUCAGUGGGGAAGAGCUGUCUGCUCUCGCGCUUCGCCCAAGGCCGCUUCGUGGACCACCGAACGACUCUCGGCGUGGACUUUGAGACCCGCACGCUGGACAUUGACGGGAAACGCGUCAAAAUUCAGCUCUGGGACACCGCCGGCCACGAACGAUUUCGGAGCGUCGCUCUCUCGUAUUAUCGGUCGGCGAUGGGAGCACUGGUGGUCUUCGACUUGACGAAACGGGAGUCCUUCGAAUCUGUCCGUUCAUGGCUGCGCGAGUUGGAAGACCGCGCUCCGCAGAACGUGCAGAAGAUUCUUGUCGGCAACAAAGCGGACCUAGCCAAUCGCGUCGUGUCGGGAGAAGAAGCUCGGCGACUGGCGACAGAGUACAAUUUGCGAUACAUCGAAACGAGCGCCAAGACGGGACAGCACGUGCGGGCGGCGUUUGUCGAACUGACCCUGCAAGUCCUGCGGUGCUUGCAAAAACUGGAGUUGCAGGUCACAGAGAGCUCAGACGUGCCUGAUGCAGCGAGCGACACGAGUCGGAUUAACCACGCACUGAGCAACGGCAUACUCGACGUCGUUCAGCUAGCAGAAGCCCCAGUCGACCUCCAGAGCGGCUUCUUGGGAGACACUUUUUGGAGGUUUUUCCCCCGGCCGAAGCGGUCGCGAGACACGGAGUUGGGCGGCACAGUGCAGCGAAGGGGGACCGCGCGAAUGGAGUUCCGAAGAUACCCAGUCGAUGAUUACCUGGAUUCCUGUCUUGACGUCUAG